AUGAAAGUUAUCUGCGAACGGGCGGCACUGCUCGAAGCGGUCAAUCAGGUUUCCGGGGUGGUGGCAUCGAGAUCCCCUCGCCCGCAGUUGACCUGUAUCAAGCUCACGGCGACCAACGACGCGCAGGGCGCGGAGCUGGUUCUUUCCGGUACAGACGCGGAAAUCGCGCUCUCUGUGCGGAUCGGACGCGUUGAGGUUGAGCAGGAAGGCACGGCUCUUGUCCCAGCCGACAAGCUGCGCCAGAUCGUCUCGGCGGAGGACAAUGAACCAACGCUGACGAUCGAGUCAUCUGGAGAGACCACGCACAUCCGCGGUGCGGAUGCACACUUCCAGCUCCACGGCUUUGACUCCAAGGAUUUCCCGCAACUCGCUGACUUCAAAGGGGUUUCGGAAGGAUCAUCGGCGACAGCGCCGGCGAAAUCGAUCUUCUCGCUCGAUGCCGGGACGCUCGACAUGCUCAUCGCUCGCACGCUCUUCGCAGCGGCGCGUGAGAACUCGCGCUACGCGAUCAACGGCGUGCUGCUGGUUCGUGAGGGCAAGAAGCUUGAUCUGAUCGCGACUGACGGACGCCGGCUCGCGAAGAGUGGCGCUUCGAUCGAUUCCAAGGGUGAAUCGGCGCAGUGCAUCCUCCCUUCCAAAGCGCUCUCGAUGAUCCAGAAGAUGGUCGCGGACGAGAACGAAGCGGUGCAUAUCGCCGUGACGGACAAUCAAGCGGUCAUCGCGUUUGGUGAUGAUCCGACGGACGCUCGUGCGACGCUCUCGACGAAUCUUGUCGAGGGGACUUUCCCACCGUACGAGGAUGUGAUCCCGAAGGAUCAGGACAUCAAGGUGACCUUCAAUCGCGAUGUGCUCAACUCGGCGGUCAAGCGUGCAGCGCUGCUGACCAACGAGGAAUCACGCGGCGUGCGCCUCGCGUUCAACGGCGGUGAGAAGUCACUGGAACUCUCGUCCCGUGCUCCGGAGAUGGGAGAAGCGACGAUCAAUGUGGGUCUGGACGCGUAUGUGGGUGAUGAUAUCGAGAUCGGGUUCAAUCCGGCGUUUAUCACCGAUGCGCUCAAGGUGAUCCACGACAACGAGGUCAUGAUCGAGCUCAAGUCUGGGAACAAGCCUGGAUUGUUCAAGGCUGGGAACGACUUCGUGUAUGUCGUAAUGCCGGUGAAUCUGAGUUAA